GGGCCGGCGGAACCAUGUUGCGGGCGGUGGCGGCGCAGCGGCUGCGGCGGGCGGCAUCGGUGCUGCGGAGGUCGCAGAGCACCUUGGUGGUGGCAGAGCACGACAAUGAGUCCCUCUCAGGCAUCACCCUCAACACCAUCACUGCAGCAAAGAGCUUGGGAGGGGAGGUCUCCUGCCUGGUGGCUGGUACCAGCUGUGACAAGGUAGCAUCAGAACUCAGCAAAGUGCAGGGUGUUGCAAAAGUUCUCGUGGCUCAGCAUGAUGUGUACAAGGGAUUUCUAGCAGAGGAGCUGACUCCCUUGAUUGUGGAAACUCAUAAAAAAUUCAAUUACACCCACAUUUGUGCCGGAGCAUCUGCCUUUGGGAAGAAUCUUAUUCCCAGAGUGGCUGGCAAGCUUGAUGUUGCCCCUGUUUCUGACAUUAUUGAAAUUAAGUCCCCAGACACUUUUGUGAGAACUAUCUAUGCAGGAAAUAUUAUUUGCACUGUGCAGUGUGAUGAAGCAGUCAAAGUGUUUACUGUACGGGGAACUUCAUUUGAGGCUGCAUCAGCGAGUGGUGGCAAUGCCAGUGUAGAAAAGUUGACGCCCCCGCCGCCCGUGGGGAUCUCGGAGUGGAUCGAGCAGAAGCUGACGAAGAGUGACCGGCCAGAGCUCACCAGUGCCAAGGUGGUUGUGUCAGGGGGGAGGGGCUUGAAGAGUGGUGAAAAUUUUAAGUUGUUGUAUGAACUUGCGGAUCAGUUGCAUGCUGCAGUUGGAGCUUCCCGUGCAGCUGUUGAUGCUGGCUUUGUUCCUAAUGACUUGCAGGUCGGACAGACGGGCAAAAUAGUAGCACCAGAACUUUACAUUGCUGUGGGAAUAUCUGGAGCAAUCCAACACUUGGCUGGAAUGAAAGACAGCAAGACCAUUGUUGCUAUUAACAAGGAUCCAGAAGCUCCAAUUUUCCAAGUGGCAGACUAUGGACUGGUAGCAGACUUAUUUCAGGCGGUGCCGGAGAUGACGAAGCUCCUGAAGAAGAAGUGAGUGCUGGUGAUGGGACCCGGCACUGUGGAGUAAGGGCAAAUAAAGGAUUUUACUGGAAAGAGGUGGGGUCAGUCACUGCGAUGUGGGAUGGUUGUUUUUUGUGGUCUGUUGCAUGGCACGUGGAGUGGUGGGGUGGAAGAAAGCAAGACAGGGAAAGCGGCUAAGAGAAGAAGGCAAGAGCAAUAGAAGGCAGGAGGCCGCAUGUGUUUGUCAGUGUUUAUUCCCAUCUCCACACCCCUCACAGUCACGCUCAGCCCCUGGGCAGGGUCAGGCUGGGCCCAAGCUGUCCAGCAGCUCUGUCCUGCCCCUGGCACCAUGGGGCUCGUGCUGGCCCUGGACCUGUGGAAAUUCCACGAUGUUCCCGGCACAGUCUGUUUGUCCCUCCAGGCCCUGUGGGUCUGUACUGCCCUAAGACUGCUGGAAGGUCCAUUGUUCCCAGAUGGCCACUGUAGGUCCCAGCUGGCCCAGAGCUGGUGGCAGGGCAGGUAGGUCAUGUGCCACAGGCACAGGGGAGCAGAGGCGAUGCUGGCCUCGCCCUAGGCCGGUGGCCAUUGCAGCAGAUGCCACAGAUGUCUUCAGCACUGCCACCUCAGCUGUGACAGCCUCAUGGCCAGUGUAGUGAGCGUGUCCCCGCAGGAGUCCCCAUUCCUCAGGCGGGGCCUAUGCCUCGGGAACCCUGCCCAGCCGUGGCUCUGGGGGCCCCAGUGCCCCGUACUUCUCCUCGAUCGUCGGGGCACCCUGGGGGCAGUCGAGGAGCGGCUUGAGCUGGAAGACAUCAAGGCUCUCCUGGUUCCUGCGGUUGUAGACGCUGAGCCGGUGGCCCAGGUCAGGGCUGGCCCCCACCGAACCGGCCGGGCUGGGCAGCUUCAGGUUGACGGGAUCCAGCCCCUUCUGCGCCAGGCACGCCUCCUCCGACAGGGACGAGAGCAGCUCCUGCACUGCGCGCUGCCGGGCGGGCGCCAGCGGGGCCCGGGGCUCCUCGCAGGCCGCGCUGCAGUCCGGGGACGAGCCCAGGGUCGGGCUGCUCUCGCUGCAGCCCCGCGUGCCCGAGCUGGCCGUGGAGCGAGAGGCGCUGCCCGACGUGAGGCUGGCCGAGGUGCCCGUGCUGCCCAGGCGCAGCGGCACCUCCACCGUGAACAGCUCCGAGGAGAUGUUGGGCCGGUGCACGUCGAUGGCGGCCGUGGUCACCACGCAGAUGGCGGCCUCGGGGACUCCGCUGUCUGCAGGGACAGAGCACAGAGGGGCUGAGAGCCCUGUGGGCAGGGGCUGAGAGCGAGUCCAUGUGCAACGCUCUGUACCUACAGGGAUGGGCACAGAGCCAUCCGAGACACGCACACAGCACACAGACCCCUCUGAGCCAUACACGUGUAUAUAUUAUAUACAGAUACUCGGCAAGGCAGUCCUUUUCUCUAUCCCUAGCGCUCUCUGUUUAUAGACACACUGUAUGCCUAGAUCUGUGUGUGUAAAUACAACACCUAGAGCUUUAGUCAUACAGCUAGUGUGUACAUGUGCAUAAGAAACUGCAUCUACAUCCAUUUUGCCUGCCUGUGUACAUGGACAGGCAAUAGGUACCUAUGGGCCAUAGUCCCUCCCUUAAAUACCUGGAAUUAGCUACUGCUGCACAGCAUGCAAC